AUGUGUAUCAACGACCAGUUUUCUGCCGAUAUUGAUGCCGGAACGUUUGAAAAUCCAUCAGCACUUAUACGACCUCGGUUUCGGUACUGGCUUCCUGAUCCCAGUGUCGAUGAGCUCGUCGUAAGAGACGACAUAAAAUCUGCCGCUGCUAUUGGAGCGGGAGGUGUGGAAUUCCUUCCCUGGUACAACGCAGGCGGUGUACUUGGGGGGGCUCCCCCAGGGGACGACUGGUCCAAAUAUGGUUUUGGCACACCCGCAUUUAAUAGAAUAUUCUACGCUGCUUUAGAAGCCCACCGGGAUGCUGGCUUGGUGAUGGACUUCGCCAUUGGACCUAACCAAGGGCAAGGCGUGCCAGCUGAACCAGAUGACGAAGGCCUCCAGUGGGAUUUGGUGCCUUCUUCGGUUGCCGUUCCUGCCAAUGGAUCCUUUGAUGGGAUCCUCCCUGACUGGGGCAGUGGGGACCUUGUUGCACUGGUCUCAGCAGAGGUGAUCUCUUCAGAGAAAAUCAAGAAUUCUACAUCUCCGUCCGGCACUCGCAUUGCCUCAUAUUCUCGGCUCCUUCUCAAGGAAGGAUCACUUACGGAUUGGACCUCUCAGGUGGCUCCGAGUGGCCACUUGUCUCUUACCUUUCCUGCUAGCACCACCCAGGGGCCUCGCUAUCGAUUAUUUGCGUUCUACGAACGCUUAACUCAUGCUCACAAUCUGGAAUCUCAGGUGAACGGAUCGAAGACAAUCUUCGACCACGGAUCCUACAUUGUCGACCACUUCAGCGCUCGAGGUGCGGAGACUGUGAUCAAGUUCUGGGAAAAGUUUAUCUUGAACGAAGACGUGAAGUCCCUUCUGACCCAAGUGGGUAACUAUGCGUGGGAAGACAGCGUGGAAAUUACGUCGAACAUCUCGUGGACACGCUCGCUGCCGCAUGUUUUCAAGCAGAAGUACGGAUAUAGUCUCAUCAAAUACCUGCCUUUGAUCAUGUUCGGGAACAAUAAUAUUGCAAUUCAAGCAUCCGCGCCUGGGGCCAUCCAGUGCGUCUUGGACACACCUGACCAAGGCACUGGUUAUGUCCAUGAUUAUCGCGGUGCACUAGUGGAAGGCUACAGACAGUAUCUCGAAGCUCUGACGACAUGGGUAAAUUCAUUCUUGAAUUUACAAAUGUCAGCACAGGUGUCCUAUAACCUUCCUAUGGACAUGAGGGUCAAUAUUCCGUUCGUGAAUGCACCUGAGUGUGAGAGCCUUGGGUUUAUGGACAACAUUGACGGCUAUAGGCAAUUCACUGGGCCUGCUGUUUUGGCUGGUAAAAGAAUCAUCUCUAAUGAGAUGGGCGCAGUAUCUAUGAAGGCCUUCCAGUACCAGGUCUCCAGUCUACUGUGGUCUAUUAAUCGCGCAGUUGUGGGAGGCGUUAAUCAGUUUGUGAUUCACGGCCAGUCGUAUACCGGCAAUUACUGGUCCACAACUUGGCCAGGUUAUACUGCAUUCUCGUACUUUUAUUCCGAAUUGUGGUCCAAUAAACAGCCAGCAUGGGACCACGGUUUCUCAGAUGCCCUAGGAUAUGUGGGGAGACUUCAAUACAGUCAGCAAGCAGGACCCCUUAGGACAGAUAUUGCUAUUUAUGAUAAGCAGUCUGCCACAGACUUUACCUCCGAAUCUCGUCCAGCGGAUAUGAGUGAAUUAAACAAAGUUGGCUACAGCUAUAGUUAUCUUUCGCCCGAAAAUUUCGACUUGCCCCAAGCGUAUAUCCGAAACGGUACCCUUGCCCCAGAUGGCCCUGCCUACAAGGCCUUAGUUAUUUACAGCACGGUGAAUGUUACCGUGAGCUCAAUCGACAAGGUUCGGAAAUUUGCAGAGGCGGGUUUACCAGUCAUUUUGAGUGGAGGAGAUCCAGCUUACUAUACAGCUGGCAAUGCAGGAGACAAGCGAAACUUCACGCGGGCUAUUUCUUUAUUGAAAAGAACGAGGAACGUGUACAGCGUCUCUAAUGGCCAGCUUGUUGAUACUCUAGUCUCUCUCCGUCUAGAGCCUCAAAUCCGGGUACAAUCCAAUGGCACAUGGUACACCACUUGGCGCGACUCUGUAAAGGAGAACAUACAAUUUGCAUUCAUCUUGAAUGAUGGAAACGCCAGUACCGGCCACAUUGAAGUAGCCAGCAACAGGACGCCGUUCGUCUUCGAUAUGUGGAACGGGCAUUCCCGACCUCUCCUGACUUAUCAGCACACCCAAGGCAAGACUUUGAUUCCUCUGAGUUUAGAGCCCAAUCAAACGGUUCUUAUCGGAUUCAGUGGAGAGGAUACUCCGGGAUCGCGCAACCCUUCUGUCCACGCCAUUCAGGCCCCUUCUACAGUCCUAGGGUACAAGUACAGCACUAUUUCUCUGGACAAAAUUGAGCUUCAUGUCGCUGCUGGAUCAUUCGACAAGCCCCUUGCUCUGUCUAUUGGCAAGAACUAUAGCGCUUUACCGGGCCUAGCACCAGCACCCGGUUUUAACCUCGCCAAUUGGUCGCUGACGGCAGAACACUGGGUCGCCCCGUCCAAUAUCUCUGAUGCUUCACCAAUCGCAUUAAAGUAUAAUACGACGCACCAAUUGUCAUCACUCGUGCCUUGGACGGAUAUCCAGGGUCUUGUAAAUUCCUCCGGAGUCGGUUAUUAUAGCAGUAUCUUCGAAUGGCCACCUCACACGGGAUUGGCUGACGGUGCAUAUAUCCUGCUCCCAAGAGUCCUGCAUACCCUUCGUCUGCAAGUUAAUGGUCAACAAAUACCGCCCUUUGACUACAAUGCACCGAAGGUCGACAUUAGCACGUACCUUAAACCUGGCCGGAAUGAGAUACUGGCCAUUGUGCCGAGCACCAUGUGGAAUUAUCUCAGGAGCAUCUUCAACCAAAUUGUUAUGUCAGGAUAUCCGCCCCUUAUCACCGUUGCCAGCUCUAGCCCUUUGCCGGAGUUAGUUGAUACUGGACUCAGUGGCACUAUACAAGUUUUGCCGUACGUGAAAUUGCAGGUUGAGGCAAAAUAA